AUGAUUAAGGCGGCGCUCCUAGUAUUUGCGUGCGCUGCGGCCGCCGAUAUCGAUCUACAACAACUUAACACGACAGUACUAGUAAAUAAAGAAGUGCUACAAAAACUAUCAGAAACUUUGAAAUCGAAUAGAACUAUAGAUAAAAAUGAUUUAGCAAAACUGAAUAGAACCAUACAAAGUUUAGGAGUGAAUCGAGAUUUAAUAGCAAAGUUUACUGGGUUAGUAACAAGUACUGAAAAUAAUAUAGCUCAAGGAAGCGUAGAAGGCAGGGCUUAUACAGCUUACGGGGAUGAAAUAGGGAAUAAUGAGGGUAAAGUAAGACACGUUGAAGAAUCUCCUGAUUAUGCUUCUUCGGUGGUGUUGGCUAGUGACUUGCUGUCGUUGACGAGUGCAGUAGCAAGCGUCAAGGAGACAGCGUGCAGGGAGCAAGGAUACAAGUUCCUGGAUGGACUGAUCAUGAACAGGAGGUGGGCCUUGAAGAUGUUUGACGCAUCGGCCAAGUCACCUCAAGGUCUGCUCUUUGGUUCAUCCUAUCACCUGGGGAACUUCGACGAGUGUGUGGCCAUUCAAGACCCGGGAGACAACGGCGUGACCAUUGAGGGACAGUACUGCCUCGCCACUAUUAAGUGGAGACAAAAUCAAAAGACAAAUAAAACCCGGACCGGUCGUGGUGAGACCUUACGCUGGGCAGUGUGUGUACCAAGUACGUGCCAUGCCAAAUCUGUGGAGUCCUUUGUGAGCAGUGUUCUCGCACAUACUGUUGGCAACACUACUGGAGUGGUAGUUUCAGAUAACGACUGUUAUACGCGACGACCUAUGACAAUUACUUCUCUGGAUGUUGCCUAUUUGUCUGUUAUUCUUCUCUUCAUCACCAUCUUAUUAUUCAGCACACUUUUCGAAAUCUACAUCAUCUACUGUGGUAAAAGUAAGGAGUCCGUUACCCAGUCACUUAUCAUCUCUUUCUCCAUCAUCAACAACAUGAAAAAAAUUAUAUCAACAAAACAACACAACACCCUGGGGUUGGAGUGUAUCACGGGGAUCAAAACUCUGGGCAUGAUAUUUAUCAUUGCUGGACAUGCUUGUAUGUUCAUUGCGAGUGGUCCAGUUAUGGAUGCUGAUGCUUGGGACAGGUUAGUUCGAGCGCCAGCCAAUGCCUUCAUGUUAAAUAACACAUUGCUGGUCGACACUUUUCUAAUGCUGAGUGCUUUCCUCUUCUCAAGAUUACUUCUUAUUGAGCUGGAUAAGAGAAGAGGCAAGCUUAAUGUUAUACCUAUUUUGGUAUUCCGAUAUAUCAGAGUGACUCCCGCAUACUUGGUGGUGAUACUCUUCUACAUGACGUGGUUACCAAAAAUCGGUGAAGGUCCUUUAUGGCAGGAUAGAUUGUUGUUAGAACAACAACGAUGCAUGGAUUCCUGGUGGACAAACUUGUUAUACAUAAACAAUUAUGUGAACACUGACAAGAUGUGCAUGUUCCAGUCUUGGUAUCUAUCCGUAGAUACCCAACUAUUUUUCAUUGCUCCAAUCUUCAUCUACAGUUUAUGGAAGUGGCGGAAGUUCGGUCCAGCUCUCAUCUCAGUUGCCAUCAUCAUCUCACUUAUAAUUCCAUCCCUGAUCACUUACAGAGAUAAAUUAGAUCCAACACUUUUGUUUUAUGCAAAAGAGUUUACGGAUAUAAUUUCAAACUUUUAUUUCAAUGAAGCGUAUAUCAAGACUCAUAUGAAAAUGAUUAUUUAUUUCAUGGGGAUCCUUACAGGAUAUAUAUUGCAUCGAAUACAAACGGAAAACUAUCAAUUUUCUUACCUCAUGAAGACGUUUGCUUGGAUCAUCAGCGUCAUUCUUGGCUCCGUCACAACCUUUUCGGUGACUAUUUUCUACCAAGAGUGGUAUCAAUACAGUGAACUGGAAGCUGCCGUCUAUAUUUCGUUGCACAAACUUGCCUGGGGUAUCGUCAAUGGGUGGCUCAUUAUUGCCUGUGCUACAGGAAAUGGAGGUAUUCUAGGAAGAUUACUGACGUGGAAGUUCCUAGCACCGUUUUCAAGACUGACAUUUUGUGCCUACUUAGUGAAUGGAAUAGUCGAAUUGUACUAUGUGGGAGAAUUGAGACAUCCUUUACACAUUACUUUCUUUACAGUAAUGGCAACAGGAGUAUCACAUGUAGUUCUGACCUUCUUACUUGCCCUGUUUCUAUGUUUGACUUUCGAGUCACCUUUACAUGGCAUCGAAAAAAUUUUACUUAGAAUGUUUGCUCGUCCAGUCCUAAGUGACAAUGCUACGAAAAAUGAAUCGGCGGAAUCAUCAAGAAAUACUAGUCAAUCUAAGUUAGAUUCGUAG